AUGUCUGUUUCUACUUCGUUUAUUUCUCUUAUCUCUGAGGAUCACUGUACUUCAGUUACAGACAACAUAUCUAGUAUUACUGCAAAAAAGUCUCAUCAUCGGAGUGUCAGCAAUCCACACAAGCAAACCUUACAUCCUCACGCCAAAUUUUCGUUUAGCCUAAUUGAAUUACACUUUUCUCGAAAACCAUCUUUAUGGGCCGCAUGCAAGUUUAAAGUGCAUUGUUUAUGUCCACUGCGUAAACAACAUACUGGAUAUUAUGAUCAUCCUGUGAAUAUAUCAUGGCAAACAGUGAGAACACCGGAUUGUCGAAAGCUGCAACUGCUGGAACUAUUUUUGGUACGGGAUUAUUGA